AUGAUUUCGAAAUUUACACACAACGCUCACUUCUGGUCUUCCCCUACCCGCAAUAUCACUCUCGAAACAGAACGACCACCUUGCCCAUUCUUCAAUACACACCAGAAACCUCGAUAUCACCUAGAAAUAGAUACUCAUUGCCUCUUUGCCAAUAGCGGCUGCGAAAAGGAGUUCCCUAGCGAAAAAUUGUGCGAAAAGUGUGAAUCAUUCGCCCACCCCUACCUCCUCCGCAAAGCCAUCAAAGGCAAACAACUCAGACUCAAUGCAGACGCUGAAGAAAAAGUAAAAACCAUCGAAAAUCAUGCAAUCGCAUUCGAUCAAUGUGUUUUCCGCCGUGGACACCACUUGGACAAGGAAUGGAUGCAUAUACGCAUGGAUGUGCGACAAAAACACAAAGAACACUGGUCGCAGAUUGAGUUAGUUCGGGAUAUGACAUUUAGCUUUUUAAAUUAUCUGUCAAACGUAAUCGACUGUAACUUGGAAUGGGAGGGUAAUUUGCUGUGUGAAUACUGUCUCGAUGACAUUAGAAGGGCGGAGCAGUUGGAUGCGGAGUGGUUUACAAAGAUUUUCACUCCGUUUGGGGAGAUGAAGAAGCCUUUCCGUGCUAGUGAAGAAGAAGAGGAGGAGAAGGAAUACAAGACGGACGACAAGACGGACGACAAGAAGACCACUACCCAAUCACUACUAGACCGCACAAAAAGGCUAUCCCGUCACUACCAACAACCCCAAGAAGACCAUCCCACCCCUAACAACCCCCAAACCAGUACCAUCUCCUCCUUCCCAGUAUACCAAACACCCAGCGAUCCCAACCUCGUCGACAGAGCUCUAACAAGACUCACCAGGAUUCAUUCCCCUCGAACCACGAGAUCCUAUCAGCGACUACAAUAG